AUGGCUAGAGCACUUUGUGAGUUACAGUUGGAGCUGCAUUGUAAAUCAUCUAAUGUGAUUGUUGCUCAAGCUGCGAAUGCGAGCACCAAGAAUGAACAAAAUGACAUCGAUCAUAAUUUUAUUCCAAAUACGCCUGCUGGUCAAGAGUCCAAGAGAAAUAUCAGCAUGUCUAAAGUUUCCACGAAUUUGGCAAGCAAAUUUGUGGAAACAGAAACCCACUUGGAAGUUGAUGCUAACUUGAAAAUGGGAAGUGCCCAUUUUGGAAGAGAGAAUUUCGAGCCAAGUUUGUCUUUGGAUGGUGUAGAAGAGGAUUCAUGUGCAAGCUGCAAAUCAUGUCAUUUGGCUGUUUCCUGUGUGCCUGAUAAUCUUCAAUCUCACCAUGGAAUGCAACCUGGUGUGAACAACAAGCGGAUUUUUAAUUUCCCUAAUCCAAGAGAGCUAGCAAAUCUUGAUGAAAGAUUUCUUGCGAAGCGCUGCAAUCUUGGCUACAGAGCAAUUCGAAUAAUAAAACUUGCCCAGGGCAUUGUGGAAGGGAGGAUUCCACUAAGAGAAGUUGAAGAAGCUUGUGCUAAUGGAGCUGGCUCAUCUAACUAUAGCAAGCUGGCUGAUCAGCUUAGACAGAUAGAUGGAUUUGGUCCUUUUACGUGCGCAAAUGUACUUAUGUGCAUGGGGUUUUAUCAUGUCAUUCCAACUGAUUCUGAGACAGUGAGACAUUUAAAACAGUUCCCUUUGGUGAAGUUUACAGAACAGGUUCUAGAAAUCAAAACCGUGGCAAAUUCAUAUGUCGUAUCUGCUAGGUCUUGA